UCCUGUUUAAGUGACAGAGUCGUCAAUAAUCUGAACACCAGUCGUUCAUUUUGCGCAUUCAUUUUAUUUUCUAGAGGAGCCAGAUUUAUUUUAUUUCAAUUUACUUAUCCAUCCAUCCAGUUCAUUUGUACUUUAUACUUGUUAAGGAGGAGUCGAGGAGGAUCAGCGUAUCAGUCGCAGCAGUUUGCUGGCUGCCAUUUUUGCUGUUUGUGACUUAUUUUUAAAUAAAAACUAAGAAAACUACCAUGCACCCUGUGCCCCAUAUCCUGGUGAGGGCGAUGACCCACUCCAACAGGUCGAGAUACUACCGACCUAGGGCAAUGUCACUAGAAAAUCCUAAAAUAUUGGAAGCCCUGACCAUUUAUGAAAAAUUGAAACGGUGUCAAGAAGAGGACCAAGAGCUGGACUCUGGGUUAGAACAGAAUCACGAAUUUAGGGGAGACCAUAAUAAUCAACAAGAUAUUUUUGACUCAAAGUCUGCCAAUGAUCACAAAUUGCAACUCGAAGCUGAAGAACCAUUGCCACUGGACCCAUUCAGCCCAAAUUUUGACCAUGUCAUGGACGAAAACAGAGAGCUAAUGGCGUACUCAAAAUAUAAAGAUAUUAACCUUCAGGAUGCGAAUUAUCUUUAUUUCUCUGCAGAGACUGGGUUGAUACAGUCCCAAACGUUAGAAGGGCUCUCGGAAGAAGAAGAGGAAAUGAACUAUAAAGAGUUAUUACUCUCCAAAAAAUAUUGGUUGGAUGUUGUGAACCCAACGGAUAACGAUUUGACGCUUCUAUCAUCUGCAUUUGGAGUUCAUGAACUCACCAUUCGUGACAUUAGGGGAAAUACGGAAGAGAAACUGGAAAUGUAUAAUCAUUACACGUUUGUCUCUCUGAAGUUGAUGAAAGAACCCAACAACAAAGAAAUGAAGUAUAAUACUACUAAUUCUAAGAAAAAUCCAGCUGCAGAAGAAACGUCAUCAUUCCACCAACAGCCGUUUUGUCCUAAUUCUAAGAAACAUCAAAAAUAUUCGUCGUCCUGCUCAUGUGGUGGGCCAGAGGACGAUGAGGAGAAGGACGAGGAAAAGGAAUACCUAAAUUUGGAUUUGGAAGAUGAAAUAAGCAAUGAAGAAACUUCAAAUACUUGUGCGUCGUCAAAUGAUCAAGAAGAAUCCGACUCCUUUUAUCUUCCAACCCAUUCGGACUAUGUGGAAUCCGAUGCUGAUCUAAAGAUACUCGUUUUUGCCGACUUUAUCAUCACCAUUCACAAGGUUAAAUGGGAAAGUGUUAAAGAUGUCCUGGGGUUCUUGUCAAUUCUCCUUGAUUAUGGAGGCUCUACGCCACCCAUGCCCGAGUGGGUGCUUUUCUCCAUCUUUGUCGAAUUGGCCCAAGAAGCUAAACUUGCUGUGAGAAAAUUAACGCCAACAAUUUUAAGCAUGCGUGCGGCCCAGUUGAGACAAGAGGGUGGACUUGGGGUCGAUGUCUUCAAAUUAUCGAACGUUCUCCGACAAAAUUUCCAGUUCGAGUUUGAACUUCACAAGAUUUGCAGAUUCAUUAAGCCCAAACUCCAAGUACUUCGUGCAAUCCAGUUAAAGGGGAGACGACGCUUUCCAAACGUUCCAGGCGUCGUGAGAUUUUUGGCAAACGUGGGUUCAGAGUUUGACGAACUUUUGGAUGAAUUAGAUAAUUUGUCAAGAGUAGUGGAACGUUCACAAGACACUUUCCUUGCUUUGGCAAGUGUGCAACAAAGUCUGGAAGCAAAUGAGAUGGGGGAAAUCAUGAAAAGAAUUUCAGAAAUUGCAAUGAUAUUUCUACCUGUCCAAGCGAUCGCAGGAUUUUUAGGGAUGAACGUUAAGGUCCCAUUUCAAGAGGAAGGGUCAACCUUUCCGUUCUGGACAAUUGUAAUGGGUUCAGUCAUUAUUGCUGCAUCGCUCUUUAUUGGAAAACGAAUAAUCUUAUGCCGCAAAAAAUAUUGUGCAAGAGUGGAUCUUUGUCCAAGUAUCAGUUCCAUGAAAAAAAGUGCCACUACAAGAUAUGAAAAGAGUAAAGUGUCUCAAAAAUUGAAGGGGUUGUGAUAAUUAAUUUCGAAAUGACGACGGGAUGAAUAUACAUAAAUACACAAGUGUAAUACGUUAUAAUUAUUGAUAAUUUGUAUGCUUUAUUCCAUAUAAAACAAAGUUUUCAAAAGCAAAUA